UUCUUUGAAACGGUACAGCCACACAGACGUGCACGAGCAAAAUUCGUAAUUUGCAGUUUAUUUUGCAUUAAAAUGUCAGAAUCCGAAAUCGAAACGCCUGUGCAGAUGGCCGAGGCGCCUGUGGUGCCCAUCGAAACUGUCGAUGAUGAGGUCUGGGAGGAAGAAGGAGUGGCUGCUGCCGGCUAUCAGCAGGCCAAUGAGUGGCCCGAAAUCAAGCUAUUCGGCCGCUGGGCCUGCGAUGACAUAUCCAUUAGUGAUAUUUCGUUGCAAGACUACAUUGCCGUGAAGGAGAAGUUUGCUCGCUAUUUGCCGCACUCGGCUGGACGCUAUGCGGCCAAACGUUUCCGCAAGGCCCAGUGCCCGAUUGUGGAGCGUCUCACCAGCGGGCUGAUGAUGAAGGGACGCAGUAACGGCAAGAAACUGCUCGCAUGCCGAAUCGUGAAGCAUGCCUUCGAGAUCAUUCACUUGCUGACAUCGGAGAAUCCGCUGCAAGUGACUGUGACUGCGAUUGUCAACUCGGGGCCACGUGAGGACUCUACACGUAUUGGACGCGCUGGCACUGUGCGCCGUCAGGCUGUGGAUGUCUCGCCAUUGCGUCGCGUCAAUCAGGCCAUUUGGUUGAUCUGCACUGGGGCACGUGAGGCUGCUUUCCGCAACAUCAAAACCGUUGCCGAGUGUCUGGCCGAUGAGCUGAUCAAUGCCGCCAAGGGAUCGUCCAAUUCGUAUGCCAUCAAGAAGAAGGAUGAGCUGGAGCGUGUGGCCAAAUCGAAUCGUUAAGUUGCGAAAAUUUCAAUAUAAACACACACAUACAUAUGCGUUAUGUAUGCAAUCAUUUACGAUGUAACUGUAAAUACAGUGUUGUAUUGCCAUAAA